CCCCUUUUAGCGACUCCGUUCACCCUUUGUAUUGUGUAAUAACCAUCUAUUGGAUCCCCGGCGGUCUUUUGAUAAUUGUGUGUGUCGUGGGUGUUGUUAAAAGACACGAACAUGCCAGUUUUUAACGGGUCGAUGCGGCUGAAAGUGUACGAAGCCGUCGAUCUGAAGCCGACAGAUUUCUCUACACGACAUGCCCUCAGCAUUAACAGCAAACAGUUGCAACUGAUCGACCCGUAUAUGACAAUCACUGUUGAUGAUCAUCAUAUCGGACAGACGACCACAAAGCAGAAGACGUAUAGGCCGUUUUGGGAUGAAGAGUUCCAAACCGAAGUGCACCGUGGCAACAGCGUGAGCUUCACUGUGUUUCAUAGCGCGGCCAUCCCUCCUGAUGAUUUUGUCGCCAACUGUACUGUUGCUUUCGAGGAUUUGUUACAGACGUGUCACAGUCACAAAGUUGCCGAUAUUUGGAUUGAUCUUGAGCCAACCGGAAGAAUACACGUUGUGAUCGAAUUGCAAGGAUCUUCGUCGGAAGAACAAAUGAAGCUUAAGCAACCAAUUGCGGCAGCUGGAGGCAAGAAGUUACAAAAUGAGGCUACUGGAGAAUCUGUUGUCAAGAGAGAAUUCAAGCAGCGGGAGAAUGCGAUGAAGAGGCGUCGUGGAGCUGUUAGGAGGCGUGUACAUCAAGUCAAUGCUCACAAAUUCAUGGCAACUUUUCUACGGCAACCUACUUACUGUUCUCAUUGCCGGGACUUUAUAUGGGGUCUGGGUAAACAAGGAUAUCAAUGCCAAGUGUGUACGUGUGUGGUUCACAAGCGCUGUCAUGAACAGGUAGUGACGAGAUGUCCUGGAAGUACCAGGGAUACUGCCAUAGAUGAGGAGAAACUUGGACCUCAGCGAUUUAACAUUAACAUGCCACAUAGAUUUGAUGUUCACAAUUACAUGCGACCAACUUUCUGUGAUCACUGCGGCUCUCUGCUUUACGGUCUUCUUAGACAAGGUCUUCAAUGUUCAGCUUGUAAGAUGAAUGUUCACAAGCGGUGUCAGAAAAACGUUGCAAAUAAUUGCGGUAUCAACCCAAAGGAAAUGGCUACCAUACUCGCUGAAAUGGGCGUGACAGGAGACAAACUAUCUGUGCGAAAGAAGAAGGCCCUUAUCAGUGAGACUCCAAAAUCUCCUUUAUCCGAGUCGCAAACAGCUCCAUCGGCUGCAGGCAAAGACGACCGAUCAAGCGAUAAGGAAGAUGACAUGUGUAAAGAUCUUGCCAGGUCGUUUAUUUCUAGUCCGGGAGACAUAGGCACGAGGCCCAAGUCUGAUGGCUCAGCCUUGAACAGGGCCGAGAGACCUGUCUGCCUUAAUGAUUUUAAUUUUAUCAAAGUACUAGGAAAAGGCAGCUUUGGAAAGGUUAUGUUAGCUGAGUUCAAGGGUUCAGACGAAGUGUAUGCGGUGAAGGUACUGAAAAAAGACGUGAUUAUACAAGACGAUGAUGUGGAAUGUACCAUGACUGAAAAGAGAGUGCUUGUACUUGCCAGUAAACAUCCUUUUCUCACUGCUCUACAUUCCUGUUUUCAGACGAAGGAUCGCCUUUUCUUUGUAAUGGAGUAUGUGAAUGGUGGAGAUCUCAUGUUUCAGAUUCAAAGAGCACGAAAGUUUGAUGAGCCGAGAGCUCGUUUUUAUGCAUCCCAAGUUACAUGUGCAUUACAAUUUUUACAUAGACAUGGUGUUAUUUAUAGAGAUUUGAAGUUGGAUAAUAUUCUCCUUGAUGCAGAGGGGCACUGUAAAUUAGCUGAUUUUGGUAUGUGUAAAGAAGGCAUCAUGGACGACAAACUAACAAGUACUUUCUGUGGUACACCAGAUUAUAUCGCCCCAGAGAUUUUGCAAGAGCUUGACUAUGGACCCUCAGUGGAUUGGUGGGCACUAGGCGUACUCAUGUAUGAAAUGAUGGCCGGACAACCUCCAUUUGAAGCUGAUAAUGAAGAUGAUUUAUUCGAAUCAAUUCUCCAUGAUGAUGUGCUCUAUCCAGUGUGGCUUAGUAAAGAAGCCACGGCUAUUCUGAAAGCGUUUAUGACCAAGAACCCAGCCAAGAGACUUGGAUGUAUGGAGUCCCAGGGUAUGGAGAAAGCCAUCAGAGAUCACGCAUUUUUCAGAGAUAUUGAAUGGGAAGCUCUUGAAACUAAGAAAAUCAAACCACCCUUCAGACCUAAAAUUAAAACAAAGAAAGACGCCAACAACUUUGAUCAAGACUUCACCAAAGAGGAGCCAGUGUUGACCCCAACGGAGCCAGCUGUUAUCAAAUCAAUCAACCAGAAUGAGUUCAAGGAGUUCUCCUACAUCAAUCCUGACAUGCAGUGA